CUUGAAUUUUCUCAUGCUAAGGGAUAAGGGGCAACCUCAUAAUGCAGUAUUUAUCUGUUUUGGUUUGCAAAACUAAGUAUUUGUUUUCAAUGAGCAGCGGCAUUGCAAGGGCCACAGAGUAGCAAUGUCAAACCUGAGGCAUAUCCUCUAAGUUCUACAGGAUUCAGAUAUUUCCAGGUUGCUAGGGUUUUGAGUAGCACAUCACUUUGGCACUGCUCUGAAGCGUAGUGGGCGUUUCUGUGUAAGAAUGAUGUUGAUUCUGCUGUGGAGCAUUUGAACUCCUAAUUGUAGGAGGAAUGGCAGUUGCUGGUAACUCACAGCUGAGAGAAGGACAAGCUCUGUUACAACAUGCAAGUGUGUGGUGUGGCGAUUCAACUCAACAGUAACGUGACCUGAUGGUGUUGCGUCACUAACCUUGAGGACACAAAGGAAGAUAAACUAAUUUGCUGCCAUUACAUAAGAGUUGAGUACAAAGCCAAGUGAUGUUUCAGCACAGAUGGCUUCCUUCUCUUUGAUAUGCUGGUGCCAGGCCUUAAGAUGAGAACCAAAUUCUGCUGUUCUCAGAAUUGUAUGAAGAGGAUGAAGAGUGUGAUCCCACGUUAACAUCCAGCCUGCAAAGCUGCUGCCCCUGCUAUGAUGCCCGGGCAGAUCCCCGACCCGUCCCUGACGGCCGGUGCACUGCCAGGGCUCGGCCCUUUGACAGGACUGCCUGGCACCGCCCUGACAGCCGAGGAGCUGAAAUACGCCGACAUCCGCAACAUUGGGGCCAUGAUCUCACCACUCCACUUCCUGGAGGUGAAGCUUGGGAAGAGACCCCAGCCUGUGAAAAGCGAGCUUGAUGAGGAAGAGGAGAGGAGGAAAAGGCGCCGGGAGAAAAACAAAGUAGCAGCAGCGCGAUGUCGUAACAAGAAGAAGGAGAGGACGGAGUUCCUGCAGCGGGAGUCUGAGCGCCUGGAGCUCAUGAACGCUGAACUGAAGGCCCAGAUAGAAGAGCUGAAACAAGAGAGGCAGCAGCUGAUCCUGAUGCUGAACCGGCACCGUCCCACCUGCAUCGUUCGGACAGACAGCAUCAAGACUCCCGAGAGUGAAGCCAACCCGCUGCUGGAGCAGCUGGAGAAGAAGUGAAGGUGGCACUGGAGGAGGAGACCGGCACGGGGUCUUCCGGAGUCGCUAAUGUAUGUAUCGUAUGAAGAACUGUGCACCGAGGCCUGGUGCAUCCAGGACCCGAUGGGCUUCCUUGGGAACUAUGGACCAAAAAAAAUUUGGGGACAGAGAAGAUUGGGAAUCUGUCAAACGUCAACUCCGUGGCUGAACCCGGGAGCAGGGCUGGUGGCGCGGGCGAAGGCAACCUCUGUGUGAUACCUCAUCACAGCCCUUCAGCCUGUUUGUGGCCCUGGGGACCCACGGCGCACAGAGAAGGAGGGGGCGGGAGAAGACCUCCCACUCGGCCCUCUUCCCCACAGCCCUCAGAGUGCCCGUGGGGCGCAGGGACGUGGCCUGCCAGAGCCAUCCCCACAGGCUGCCGCCGCACCCGGCGCACACUCGGCACGGAACCCAGCUGCAGAACCGCAGACACUUGACGCGCCCCGUCCGGUGGCAGGCCCGUCGGGGCCCGGUGGCGCAGGCGCCCCCCACAAGCACACUCUCAGUAUAAUGUUUACAGCCCAGCUGUCCGUGUCGGCCGUGCUUUUGAAUGCACAUUUUUACACUUUUUUUAAAGAUAUUUUUUACAAAGUUUUUAUACGGCGAUCUCUAUAUGGAUUUAUAUAAUCACUAGAUGUGAUCCCAUAGAAACGUAUGUUACGAUGGUCUGUUUGUUACAAACGCAUAUGCCGCAGUUAUCUCCACUGUGUUACCUGUCUGGCAGUGGGCUCCUUCCCCAGCGCUCUGGGAUGGGGGCCCAGCAGCCCUCUGCAGUGCUGCCACUGCCGCCUCCAUCCAUGUAUGUCCUUCAUAAUAUUCAGUUCUGUAUCUCCCAGUAAAUGUUACCUUUAUGUA